AAUACGUUUAUUGUUGACACUCUCUCGUCAGUGACAGAUGUUUUUUUUAAAAGUUUCAUAUUUUUUUAAAAAUUAAAAUACAAAAAAAAAAUGCCAAGAACUACAUUUGCUAAUGAUAAUCUUCUUGAUUAUUUAAAUACUCUUGCAAAUCGCCAAGGAUAUACCAUAGGAUUAAUUUUGGGACAGAGUUGUGCACAAAAAGAUUUUGUGAUUCAUUUAGCAAGAACUUCACCACCAUCAAAAAAAGAUGUUAUUGAAGAGUCUGUAAUUAGUUCCGCUUUAAAUAAUAUUUCUCAAGAAUCUGUCGAUAAUACUUGUAUAAAGUCUAUUAAAGAUAUUCCUGGAAAUUGGGUGGUUGAUCAUGCAAGACAUGUAACUAGAAUGUUAUCGGGUGGAAUGUGGAUUUUAGGAAUUUUUACAGUUGGUCCAGAAGAUAUAUUUAAUUCUAGUGUUUCUGUUGAAAAAUUGAAAUUUAUUCUCACAUCAGUUGAUAAAAAUUUGAUUUCUAACCAAUAUCUUUAUGGAAAUCACAAUCAAGAAAAUCUUAUACUACAUUAUAAUAGCGUUACAAAAAAAUACAUUUGCAAAUCAGUGGAUACAAAAAAUAAUGUUGGUAUUGUAAAACCAGUGGAUUGGAAAUUUCAAACAAAUACAAAAUGGCAUUAUUUAGAAACACGUAUUGAUUUUAAUCGUUUAUUUCCCAUUGCAAGAUUUAAAACACCAGUUUCUUUAAAGAAACAAUUCCAGGAUAUUCUUAAUGAGACAUCAAACAUGAUAAAUUCAUCAGUGAUAUUAAUUGAAGGAAAAAUACCUUCUUCUGACACUACAAUUGAAACAAUUGUGGAACAAUUGACAGAAGAAAAGAAAAAAGGAUGCUGUGAUAAUAAGGAAAAUAAUAGUGAAGCAUCAUUUGAAAUAUUACAAGUUUCACUUUAUUUUCCUUGUGAAAGAACUCUUGAAAAGCAAGCAAAUUCAAUUGAAUGUGGUGCAUCAAUGCGAUUAGUUGGUCAACUUGUUAGUCGAACAUUUGUUCAUCAAAAAGCAACAAUAGAAGAAGCAAACAAUGCAGUUAAACAAGAUAUACUGAGAUCUUUGGCUAGUAGAUUAGAAAUGCAUUUGGACAGUUUAAUUGAAGAAGAAGACGGUAGUCCUGAAGAGACAAUAAUAGUUCACGAACCACCAAGACGAGUAUUUAUUAAACUUCCUCGUAACGUGACUUUAUCGGAUUAUUUAUUUCCCGGUGAAGGUACAGAAGAAGUAUUAUCAUCUCUUCUUGAACUUUUAGACAUCAAAGUUCCAGAUGAUUUUAUACAAAAAGACUUGGAAUUACAAUUUGAUCAUUCGGAAUUUUAUUGUCAUUAUCAAGACACAAAAACAAGUGAUAUAAUCAAUAAUCAAAAACACAUUACUGGAAAAAGGAAUAUUUUCAUUUUCAUAACAGGUUUAAGUUUUGCAUUAAUUAUUCUUAUUGUUGCAAUCAUAUUUAAUCAAAUUUAGAAAGUUGUUCAUGUUUUUUUUUUAUCAAGCUUUUCAAUUUUUAACAAUUUGAUUUUUUUUUAAUUUUAAAAAUAAACAUUUUUUUAUCUUUGAGAAGUUUAUGGGUGAUUUUUUUUUUGCAAAUAAUUUUAAAGUAGAAUUUUUUUUUUUUUGGUAUUUAUAUAAAAAAAAAGAAUAUAUUUUGUAAAAUUCAUACAUUUAAGAAAAAAAAAAAGAAAAAUUUCUAUACAAAUGUUUGAUUAAUUGUAAACAUUGUUUUUUUUUUAAUGUAAAAAUUCUUAAGAUACAUACUGCAAAAAAAUUUUAUUUUAAAAAAAGAGAAAUAAAGAAAUUUCUAUAAUUUCACAGCA